UCAGUAAUGAUAACUAAAGUAUUAUUUACUGGUUCGUUUUUACUGAUGCUCAGUAUACAACCACAGGUAUGAACACAGCUUGAUGAAUGUAACUAAUUAAUGACUAAUUAAGAACCCGACGUAAACAGGUUUACAAUUUUAAGUAACCAAUAGUAAAUUGUAAAAAUUAGUAGGAAUGGUUUAGAUGAUGUUUUUAUAUUUUGUCAUGCGGAAAAAAGACGAAAACUCAAAAUAAUGUUAUUCGUCACAAUAAUUCGUUAACGUUCACAUAAAUCUGUUACAACAUUCCACUUGGGGGCGAUUUCGAUUUGAUAGACGAUGACAGCACCAAUUUGUGUGAAACUACGACAUAACUUGGAAUUUUCUGAGGAAUAAAAUAUGUUACUAUGAACACGGAUUAAACUGAUUUCCGAUUUAAAGUGUUUGUUUAACUUGAACUUGACUAUGCCGUCAUCAGUGAAACAGAUAGCGACCUUAUUGACAUGUGUCGUAAUGUUUUAUGGAUACAGUUAUGCAGCCGAAGUGGCUGCCGUAACAACAAACACACUAGGUGCUCACAGUGUUGAUAAUACCAAAGACACCAAUGAGAAUCGUACACUGAUAGCUUCAGUCGGCAGUAUACAGGAUAAAAUAGGGCAAGUGAACCAAAGAAAAGAUGUUAAUGAUGUUAUUCCUACGAUUACUAAUGACACACAUGCUCAUGUGAGAACUGCUGUAAGCGGAAAUGAACCUAGAGGAAACGAACCACCGGUAGCUGCUAUCAGUAAAAGACAGGGUUCCGACAAACCGGUUAACCAAAGUGAAGAUGUUAAUCACAUUGUGCCUGUUAUCCUUAAUGAUACACAUGUUGAUUCGGGAAAUAUUUUUGGCGAGAAUAAAAAUAGCAAAGGCGGAAAACCUGUAUCUGCUAUCAGCAGAAAACAGGGGUCCGUCGAACCGGUUAACCAAAGUAAAGAUGUAAAUGACCUUAUGCCAGUUAUGACUAAUAUAACACAUUCUGAUGUUGGAAAUGUUAGUAGUGUAAAUAAAACUAGUGGAAGCGGAACACCUACAUCUUUUGCCAGUAUUACAGACUCUGUGAAACCAGUAAACCAAAGUCAAAAUGUAAAUGACAUAUUACCUGUAACUAUUAAAGAUACUGGAAACGUUGGAUUAAAUGAAAGCCGCACAUCUACAGCGCCUGUCAGUAGUAUACAAGAUAAAACGGGACCAGUCAACCAAAGUAAAGAUGUCAGUGAAAUUUUACCUGUGAUGCCCAACAAUACACGUAUUGAUGCUGAUAAAGCAACAAGUGCAAGUGAAACAAUCGGAUCGCCAGAAUUUGCCAUCAGUGUAAUAGAAUCUGUGAAGCCUGUGAAUCAAAGUAAAGACACAAGUGGUAUUUUGCCUACUAUGACUAAUGUUACAAAAAUUGGGGACAAAGUAAAUGUUAAUCAUGGAAAUGGUCAAGAGCCGGUAAAUCAAGCAAAAGAUAUUAGUGAUAUUGUACCAGUUGAAACAAACUAUACCAAUAUUAAAGAAAUAGUUAACAUUAAUGGAGGGAACGUGCGAGUAAGUAGCACAGUUUCCCCGCCACUGGUGGCAAUUGACAAUAAAGUUCAACCUAUCAGCGAUGUCCCUUCUGUUGAUCUUAAUGUCAAAUUCAAUAGUAUUGGCACAGACUAUUGUCUGGAGAAAAGCAGGUGUAAUUCUACGGUAGCUUCAAAAACGUGUUCAUGCGACAGGCUAUGUGGUAUUCUUGAAGACUGUUGCGAAGACGCAGACAUUGUACGGGAUGUAGAGUUGGUUUCAAAUCAAUUCAUCUGCACUCAUGUAGACGGAUUUUCCGCUUAUGGAGAAGGUUUGAUGGUUGUUUCAAAAUGUCCGCCAUUUUGGAAUGAUGACGUCACUAAAAGACUUUGCGAACAAACAACGGAAUCUGAUGAUAUUUUUUCGCAAAUUCCUGUUUCAGAUCAAACCGAGUCAGGAUUUAUUUAUAAAAACAGGCACUGUGCCCACUGUAACAACGUAUAUAAAUAUGAAUUUUGGAGGGCAAGUGUGGAAUGUCUCGAGGAAAAAGCUGACAUGAAUAUUUCCGACACGAAAAAUUGUAAACUGUCCUUUCAGAUGCCAAAUGAGUUUUCCCCGUUUCGGAAAUGCAACAUAUAUUCAAAACAAAUAUCUGUAUGUCCAGCAUCUUACAUCGGAGAUGAAAUUCGAGAAACCUGUGCAAAAGGAUUUUAUUCAAAGGUAUACUCAGAUAUAGGCAACGUAUAUAGAAAUAAGCACUGUGCCUUUUGCAACGGUGUUUACAGAAGAAGAUUGUACUGCGAGCCACAACUUUUUGCGUCUAUAAAAGUACAGUCAAGACUACCGCCCAAAAUAUACAGCUUUCGCUUGAUUGUAGACUUCAAUUCGAUGUGGGAAGUACAAAAUGAACAAUUUCGAAAACCAUUUAGCCAGUGCAAUAAUAAUGAAAUUUACGACCCUUUUGCAAACACGUGCAGAGAAAUAUUUUGUCCAUCUUCGACAACGCCAUUCAAAGGUAAAUGUUCACCAAUUCCGCAGAAUGUAGAUAUAAGACAGCAAUCGAUGAAUAAUGAAACAAUGCGUGCAGCUGCGGAUAACUGCACACUCACUAAAAUCGACGCAGAUGAAUUUGAAUAUAUAAAUAACACCAAUGCAAUCAUUUUUCGCGAUAUUAUUUUGAACGAUACCGAAUACUCGAAAAAUGGUUCAGAUGUUUUCGCCUGUUUGGAAAAAUUGAAUUUAAGUUAUACUGGUGAUACUACGGGGAUUCCAGUUUUGUACCAGUAUGAUAAAGUAGAAAGUUUUAUUUCAUUAGUCGGCUUAGUUGUGUCAAUAACAGCGUCGUUACUAACACUUUUUGUUUAUAUCUUGUUUCCACAACUGCUCAACACACCAGGAAAGAACAUCGUUUGUUUGAUAAUAUCAUUAAUAGUGUCACAAGUAUUAUUCCUUGUAGCAGCACAAGUUGCCAAUAUACAGGAUGUGUGCACUGCAUUGGCCAUAGCAAUGCAUUACUUCUUUUUUUGUGCUUUCUGCUGGAUGAAUGUCAUCGCCUUUGACCUUUGGAUAACAUUUUCACACAAGUUCGUCUCUCAAAGGCACCAAACAGCCAGAUCAAAGCGAUUUUUUUAUUACAGCAUAUAUGCCUGGUGCUUACCUUUACUUAUUGUAGGUAUUGCUGUUUUUCUAAAUUUUGCAGGUUUUGACAGAGAAGACUUAGAGGCUUUCAGACCUAAGUACGGACAGUCUGUUUGCUGGAUAACCUCCAGAAAUGCUUUACUCGUGUUCUUUGCAGGACCUUUAGCCAUAUUUAAACUGUUUGAUUUUGUUUCCUUUGGGUUUACGGCUUAUCACAUCACCAAAGCCAGAAAGCAAGGGGCGUUUGCAAGGAAAGGACCUUCAACCAGCUCCUUUCUUAUAAAUUUGAGAUUAUCUUUAGUAAUGGGUUUAACGUGGGCUUUUGCUUUCGUUGCAAAUUUUACUAAUAACACUGUUAUGUGGUAUUUAUUUAUUAUAUUUAAUACUCUGCAAGGCUUGUUUAUAGCUUUAAGCUUUUUGUGCACGAGGAAAGUAUUGAAAUUGUUCCGAGAAAAAUAUACGAACACUUUUACACAAUCGUCAGGAACACAAAUGACAACAAGACCCAGUUAUAAAUCUUCUGAAUGACAGCUUGUGAUUAUAUGUAAACAUCAAAACGUGAAAAAUGUUCCUGAAUGUGAAUUAUAAAUUAUAAUUCAGUUUUAGUAAGCCACCAUAUAGUAAUUUAUUUUUGCUCGAUUGUGAAACAAGUUCAACUGCACUUGGCACCUCAUUUCUAAUCGCGUGAUGGUACGAGAGAUGAAUGAAGCCAACAUGUGAUAAGCAAGGGAGCUACUAUAACCAUUUUAUUAUUUUUAUGCUGAAUGUAUAUAAAGCAUUGAAAGCAAAUCCAAAUAAAUGUCAUAUUUACUGUUCUUCCUUAAACUGAUUUUAUU